AAGAACAAUCGAUUAUAACCAUGAAAAUCGUCGUUCUGCUUUUCUGUUUGGUGGGAAUAGUUGUUGCAGCUCGGAGACAUGGAUACAUCUUAGUGGACGGAGAACCCAUGGAAUGUUCUUUGGAGGAAAAAAGAUUUCUCGAACAAGGAACAGAUUUCUGUGAUUUGAAAUGCAAGGAACAUGGAGCAAAAACAGGCGUCUGCUGUUACGGAGGUUGCUUUUGCUACGAUAUUCCAGAUGACGAACAAAUAGUGGAUGCUAUUACAUUUCGAAACGGAAUAUGUAAAUAUCUCACAAAAUAUUGAGAUAAAUGAAUAUGGAAAGAUAUCAACACUCUCGUAAUAUUUGAGAGACGAAACGAGAAAAUUGAUAACUUCUCACAUUACAAUUUGUAACUGAAUAAAUAAAUAUUAAAACAAUA